CCGGCCCCGCCUAGCGCCUUGUUCCCAGGUCGCCGCUGGUCAAGCGGCCAGGAUCGCGAGGCGCCCGCGCUAGCGCCGCCCGGAUCUUACUCCAGACCGGGGAAGCCCUGCUGCUAGCGGAGACUCUCCGGGUCGCGGAGCCCCGGCCAUCACCCCGCAGUCUCCCGCUUUCGGCCUGGGUCGGCUCUCGCCGGCCGCCACUGCUCGCCGGCCGUGCGCAUCAGCGCCUGCUGCCCAGGGCAGCUCCGAGGUGGCCCCAGGGACAUCUCCGAGGGAAUCUGCGAGAUGCAGCUGUCCAGAUGUGAGAGCAGAGGAAGGACUUACAGACUCACCAGGAUGCUUUCCAACCGCGCCUUCUCUACCGUCAGUUUCUGUAACCUGUGUCUUGCGGUGUGCAUGAUCCUACAAUUUGGUUCGCCAUCUGCUUUUGUUGCUGCCACAGAAGAAACAUACGAGAACAUUACUGAGUACCCAAAAGAAUCUUGCACUGUGAACCUGAUAUUACGAAACUUCCGGCUAGUUUUAUCGUUGGAAUUAGAGAACAAGUCGCUCCCACCCACUCACUUUACAUUUUGGAACACAAUCAUGAGCGAAACAGAAGCUCCGAAGGUGCUUGAGAACUGUAGAAAUAUCACAGAACCAUCUUGCGACGUGACAGACAAGUGGAAUGGAACGCAUGAGACCUAUGUUCUCAUCAUCGUCAUUUACAGAGGAGACUCCAUGCCGAGCUAUUGUGAUUCCUCUAUCACGGACUUAGACAUUAGACCUGAGCCGCCAGAAUUUGAGAUUAUUGGCUUCAUGGAUCACAUCAACGUGACAGUGAAAUUCCCACCUGUCACCCCCAAGAUAUACGGGGAGAGCAUAUGGGAAGUACUAGGCUCUAAGUCGUUUUUCAUCGAAGAGUGGGCAGGCAAGAACAUGAAGAUGCACAAUCCCAAAAUGGAUAACCCCACGGGGAACUUCACCUAUGUCCUCCGAGACUUACUUCCAAAGACAAAUUAUUGUGUGUCCGUUUAUUUUAAAACUGGAAAGAUGGAAGACACUAUUAAGUCCCCCUUUAAGUGCACUCUUCUUCCGCCUGGCCAGGAAGCAGGAUUGUCAGAAUCUACCAUAGUAGGAAUAAUUGCUGUGUGUUUCAUAACGAUGAGCACCAUAAGCUUCAUCAUAUUGCUGAAACGGAUUGGUUGUAUAUGCUUAAAAAAUAGUUUCCCCAAUGCUUUGAAUCUCCAUAGCAUUUUAUACUGGAUCUUCCCUGAAGUGCCUCCAUCCGAAGCAGUGGACAAGCUAGAGAUCAUUCCUACAAACAAAAAGAAGAAAGUGUGGAACUACGAUUACGGAGAUGAAAGCGACAGCGAUGAGGAAGAGGUGCCCAAAGCCAGCGCCACGGGUUACACCACGCACGGACUGAUGGGCAGGCUUCCGCACCCGGCCUCCUCGGACUCCUCAGCCAACCCUCAGGAGGCCCAGCUUGAAGAGGACUCUGCUGCCGAGGAAUCCGACGAAGCUGGAGCCAGAGCUGGUGCUAUGGCAGAACUCCCCACAGAGGCUGAGGUGGGGUCAGGUCUCAGGCCCUCAGAAGACCAGAGCGGCCCCUAUGAGAGGAAAGAGAGGGGGAUCCAGGACUCUUUCCCCGGGGAUGACAGCAGCUCCGUGAAUGGGCCGGGGGACAAAGUUAUCUUCAAUGUGAACUUAAACUCUGUGUUUUUGAGAGCUCUCCACGACGACCCUGAGGAAGCCUCCGAGGUCCUCUCUCUUGCAGAAGAUACAGGGCACCUAGACGAGGCUCCCCACAGGACAGAGUCAGGCCUUCUGAUGGCCGGCAGCGACAGCACACAGCUGCCCCAACCCGGCAUCUCUUCCCAGGUUCUGUGGACCGAAGAUGAGUCAUCUGAAACAACUGACAGCUCAGAUUCUGAUGCUGACCUAGGGGAUGGCUAUAUCAUGAGAUAAUUUCAGAAGCGGCUGGUUGGCUCGAUCUGAACACCUACAGGGUUCUCAUAAAGGCCUGCCUUGAUCCCUGUGUCCGCGAGGGAGGGACAAGGAAACUGGAGACCCUUGUGAUUCUUGCUGAUGGCCUUCUUUGUGCAUAUUCCCAGUUUGGGGGUCCAUAUUGUUUACAUGGGUCAUGAGCAUGACCCUCCCACGCCCUGUUCAGCGCUGCUAUUGGAGGGGAUGUGUUAUGUUUCCCAGGGAACAGUGUUCAGUGCAGCUUUCAGAGGCAGCCAAGGCAUCCCAUUCCUGUGUCAUUUCUAGGAAAUGAUUAAACUGGGGAAGAGGAAAGGAAAGAAAAACGGGUCAAGAAGUGUUUAGCCAGGCUCAGGAAUGAGCCUGAAAGCAGGCAAAAGGGAAGGGGAAAGGCACCCCGUCAGUGGGGAGAAAGGGGCGAUAUACGCAAAGGAAGCCAGCGAGGUCUGGACCCGUCUCAGAUGCCACGGCCUGUUCCGUCCACUCUGAGACGGUCAUUCACGUCCACCCAAUAAGCCCUCCACGGCAAAGUGGGGUGGGGAAAGCCACGUCACUAAUUCCAGGAUCCUACAGAUGACUCCAGAGAAAGUCAUCUGGCGAAGCGGAGGGGGAGGAGCAAAUCUCAGUGCCCACUGUAUUUUAAGAUUUUUGUUUUUAAGAACAAAAGCGAGCAUUUCAAGGCCUUCAGAACAAACAGGGGAUACCAGUGUUAGGGGCGCACUUGGCAGUUUUUAAAGUACUCUGUAUAGAUUUGGAUGACAGUCGCUGGGAGCGACAGUCGCAGUGAUCAAAGUUCUAAAUGCCAUGGAGGGAGAGCCAGUGGAUGGAUUUGGGGUUCCUGUAUGGUUUUUAUUUUAUUUUGUUUUAUUUGGACAAGGUCUCUCAUAUAGGAUGAUCUUUUGAUCUUCCUGCCUGCACCUCGCCAGCGCUGUGGUUACGGGAAUGCGCUGUCAUAAGGUUCAACCCAGGGCAGCAUGCAGGCCAGGCGAGCACCCUGCCAUAUUUUUACUUCACCUCUUUGAGCUUCUCUUUCUUUCUUUCUUUUCUUUUUUUUUUUUUUUUUUUUUAAUUUUCGAGACAGAGUUUCUCUGUAGCUUUUUUUGGUUCCUGUCCUGGAACUAGCUCUUGUAGACCAGGCUGGCCUCGAACUCACAGAGAUCCGCCUGCCUAUGCCUGCCGGGUGCUGGGAUUAAAGGCGUGUGCCACCACCGCCUGGCCCGUUUCUUUAUAUAUGAAGUCAAGGGACUGGGUCAAGUCAUCUCCACCGUCCCAGAAGCCUGGGACCAAUGCUGGAAAGAAGGGGAUAAAGACCCUUGGAGGUGCUGAGCCUCAGAGGCAUCCAGGAUGGGGCCCUCCCAUCUUGUUCCUCACCCCAAAAGACAGUUUCUCACAUCUUCCUUCUAUUCAGAAAGGGAAAACUACAUGGAUCCAAUCUCAAAGGCUUCUGAUGUAACUCAUGUGACUUCUUCUAAAGCAAUUCAAAAGAAGACCUAAUAAAAUCUCACAGGAGAGAGAGACCCUGUACACAAACCAUCUCUGCACUCUGAGAACAUCUGUCUUCUUACCCAGCCUCCUUCGCCGCCCAGCUUUUCUUUGAAGCUUUGCAUAAUUGCUGGAAAACAGUUUUUAAUGCUUGCACUUAUUUUUUUUUAAUUUUGUAUGUUUGAAGAUUGUCAGAGGUAAUAAAAAAAUACUUUUUCAUA